CGCCCCUCACCAAAUAUUUUUCAAAUAGAUUAAUGAAUUAUAUAAAUGGCAGAGCUGCCUUAAUUAGGGAGAGAUUACAUUCUGGUGAGUGAGAGCACCAGGUAAAAGUAUUAGACUUUUAGUAGGUCUUUAAAAAGAAUUUUAUUUUUAAAUAAUCUCACACCCAAUGUGGGGCUCAAAUUUACAACCCUGAGACCAAGAGUCACAUGCUCUACUGACUGAGCCAGCCAGGUGCCCUGACAGUAGGUUUUGAAGAAAGUAAUGAUACAAUGAAUCUACUCAAAGAAUAAACAGCAAGCUAAACUUGGUGAAGUAAGACAUUUUAGUGUCUAGUUGCGAUAGAGAAACAAAGAAUAGCUCAACAUAUCCCUAUAAGGGAGAGGAAGGGCAGGGUAUGAGAAUGCGAUGGUAGUAAAUAAAAAGAUGUACAGAUAUGUCAUUUUCUUUUUUAACUUUUGUAUCUGAAAUCUUUCCACAUAUUAAUGUAGUCUAUAAAAUUGGAGUUUGGCCCACAGUCAGGGUGGGAAAGACUAGUGGUAAUUGCCUGCCUCCAUUCCUUGACUUCUUUUCUAUGAUACAGCACAUGGGGAAACCCUCUAAAGUGUGUUACGGCCCCUUUCCAUCCAACACUUUUGAGAGCAUGGUCUGGGAAAGAUCUGGGUUCUAAGAUAAAAAACAAGCCGGGACUCUAGGGAUUAUUUGACUCCAUGGUUAAUUGGCCCUUGGAGAAGAUAUUCCCAUGUUAUCUUCAGACUUAACACUCCUCAAAUAGCUCAUUCCCCUGACCCCUACAAGUAAACUUCAAGCAAAGCCCUUUGGGAAUGCUUAUCUCAGUGCAUAUGGCAAGUCUAAUUGGCAUCUAGAGUAAUGGUUUCCAGAAGAGAUUCAGGAUGUGUCCCCUGGGUUGAGAUCCCUGAUGCCAUAUAUUUAGUGUCCUCAGUUUGCCUCAGCUGACAUCAUAGGUCAUCUGGGUUAGGGGAUGUUAUAUUUCUCACAGAAGGGUGCUCAAGAUUGGUUCAUGUCAGGUCAAGUUUAUCUUAUUCUAACCCCUAUGAUUCCUGCUGAGGAAUCAUUCAUGCAGUUAAGAAGGGGCUUAUUCUGAAAAAGCCAGUGCUAGGAAAAAAAAGUCUUAUUUUAUUAAUCAGGAAAGAAGGUAUAAUGCUAAGAAGAGAGUGCCUUGAAUAAUUAAAAAUAGGAGAAAAUCCAAAACAGAUUUUCUUUUGACUCUGGACUCACUGAUGAUUAAGCUAGUGUUUAAUGUAGCUUCUUAAUCAGGUCACAUUAAUGCAAAUUCUUAUUGCCCAAGCUUGCAUUGCCAUUUUGGGAUGAGCAGUGGCUCAGAUACACGUUUAGAGGCAGAGGAAGCAUAUGCAUGAUUCAAAGGCCCAACUGGUAAAGGUUAAAGAAGUGUAUUGUGUUAGGUGGAAGAGUAACUUGAUCUGUCCUGAUGUGUACUACUGGAGUUCAAAAUCUGAGCACAGGUGGCAAGAGCAUUACAGAAUUACAGUUACUGUUGCUCCUUGUGAUACUCUGUCACUAGGAUAAUUAGUGUCAACAAUGGUGACUGUGUAGGAAAAUAUCUUCUAUGCCAUUCCACCAGUAAAUGGAGAUUUUCGGGAUUAGAUAAGGAAGUCUGAUGAGCACCUCAGGAAAGAUCUGUCUGAAUGAUCAGUAGCCAGCAGGUGAGUCAGUGUGGACCUAUUCAGCCCUUCCAUUCUACUCCUAUACUUGUUCUGCCCACAAGCCUCUGCAGAGGGAAUUCCAGGUAAGGUAAUGCUGGGGCUCGAGCUGUCUAGGAAAACUUUAUUAGAAGCUAGGGGCAUCCUCUGGCAUUGUCAGCUUCUUUCCUCAACUCUUUAGUCAGAGGGUGAUAUUUGGUUAGUCCAUGAAGAAAGUUGCCAGAGAAGGCAGAAGAAAAAGUCAUGUGAGGGCUACAAAUCAGAAUGGGAAAUUAUUAGGAAAUUUGCCUAAGAGAGGAAGAAAGACAUGAAUGAGGUGAUGGAAAAGCUUACACUAUGGAACCUUAUAGAGAAAGAUGGAAACUGAGGAGGAAGGUGGUGGGGGAGAGUAUCGAUACCUAAGUAAAAGUGAAAUAUGUGGAUGUUUUGACUGGGUUGGAGUGAUUGGAGGGAGCAUGGAGAGAGUUGGGCUCUUAGUCCAUAAGAGGCUAAGUUUGAAAUAACAAUGUGAGCUGGUGGCCAAAAAGAUAGCCUAGGCUGCAUUAAUACAGAGAGAGAGAAUAAUAAAUGGGACCUCUUUCUUACUGGUCAGAUUAUACUCCGAAAAAAACUUGAGUUCUGAGUUAUCUGCUUUAAAAUGUAAGCAGAUAAUCUGGAGUGCAUGAAAAUCUAGGGGAAUGUUCAGGAGGAAAAACACAAAGAGGGAUGGUGUGGAUAUUCUGGGGAUCAUUUGGACUAUUAUUCUUUUGAGUUGGGCUUCACCAUGGAAACCAAGCUAUCAUAUGAUCAGUAUUCAUGUAAAAAUUAGAUAAAGGGCUGACUGGAAAAUCGGUGGAUUAAAUGUUAUAAUCCUAGUUUUAUCAGCCUGAUUUGAAGGCUCUCAGGUCUACCCAGGACAUACCUCCUUUCUGUGUUCAGGUACAUAAAUAUGGUGGCUUUGUUAUGUGUCCACUUGGCACCCAUGCACAACUCUUUAAACCAUACUUAAUCUCCAAAUAAAGACAAUACCACAUUACUCUUCCACCUAACAAGAUACACCUAUCCCAUGUAUAACCAAAGGCAUGUUAACUUUUUCCUAAGAAGAGGUUAUAAAACACACCAAGCAUUUCCCCAUAAGAGGAUACAAAAUCCCCUUUUUACCUUUAGAUGAAAUUCAUUCUACUGUCAUUUAUACUCCCCCCUUCAUAUCGUAUAAUUUAAGUACUGAGAUAUGAAGUUAACUAUAUUAAUAUAUCUUAUGUUAGAAAAAGGGAUGACCAAGGGGAAGAAAACCAAAAUAUGGGUAAUAUACAUAUGCAAAAUGUUCAUAUCAAAAUAAGGAAGAAAUGUCUAUAACUAUUACACUUUUUGUUUCUGCAGCUGCUCUCAUGGUCAUGGCAGUUGUUUAUAACCAUCUUCUUUUACUUCCCGUUCCAUAUUCCCUUUGUCCACAGUUGGUCAUGUUUUCUUGUCUGUGGAGUGACCCAAACCUUCAUUCCUGAAGAAUCUGAGCCAUUAGCAGUCCUGUCUGAAUUGGGUUGUUGUAGUUUUCCACUGACUUUUAUCACAGGACAUUUGAGUCCAGAGAGGCACCCUAGAAAAUAUCCUACAUCCUGACAUGCUCCUUCUUACCCCAUGGUAUAGUAGCAACUCAGUUUCUCCUUACUAGCCAGGCUCAAUCACACCAAACCAGGAGAAUAACCUCCUUUGCUUGUUGAUUCAGUGAUAUGACAAGCCCAAAGAGGCAGGGUGGCAGUCUCAACUCUCAGUAAAUGGAAUCAUUGUUGUGUUACCUCGUGGAAGAAUUUCUCCCUAUGGAACCAAGACCUCUAAACCAGCUUAGGCUAAAAGUGCAAGGACAGGAAGCAAAAAUUUUGCUGGUGGAUCAUAGUUAUAGACAUUAUAUAGUGAGAGGACUCACUCCCAUUUCCACCUCUUGAUUCCUGGUCCUGUGAAUCCUUGUGAUGGGAGGAACUGCACCAUACGCUGGAUGCAGUUUUAGAGCCUGCAGCACAUCCUGGAGGACAUUGCUCCAGCUAUGGGAGGUGUUGACAACUAGCUGUUGCUGUAACUAAGUCUUCAAAAGGCUGUUCUACUGUUCUAUCAAGCCAGUUGUUUCAGGGUGCCGGAGAAUGUGGUAAGACUAUUAGAUUCCAUGAGCAUGGGCCCAAUCCCACACUUCAGGUGUUGUGAAAUGAGUUCCUUAGUCAGAAGCAAUGCUUCCUGGAAUGCCAUUAUGCUGACUAAAGCAUUCUGUAAGUCCACAGAUGGUAGCUGUGGCAGUAACACUGUAGGCAAGGAAGGCAAAACCAGAUCCAAAGUAAGUGUCUGUUCCAGUAAGAACAAAGUACUGUCCCUCUCACAAUGGAAGCAGUCCAGCAUAAUUUCUGCCACCAAGUAGUUGGCUGAUGCCCCUGGCGAAUGCUGCCGUAUCAGGGACUCCGUGUUGGUCUCUGUUGUCGGCUGACUGGGCACCCAGCAGCGGCUGUAGCUAGACUGGUCUUGGUGAGUGGAGGUCCAUGUUGCUGAGCUCAUGCGUAGCCUCCAUCCCCGCUGCUCUGGCCACUUUGCUUGUGAGUCCACUGGCAUGAACAGGAGUACUGAAAGAGUGCUAACUGAUGUCCACAGAAUGUGCCGGCACUUAGAUAGGAUGACUUAUUUUGUGUAAUGGGUAUUUCUUGUUUUAUAGGAAUAUUAUGUUUUAUAUGAACAUUUCCAUGAAUAUUAUAUUUUAUAUGAAUAUCAUAUGAAUAUUUUGCACAUUUUGGGUUGUACGCAGGAUAGCUAUGUUAGGCAGAAGGAUGAUGUUGUUGUGCUCCCUGGAUUAAGGAGAUGUGUAUGAAUGUCAGACCAACAGGGGUUGGGCUCUGGUGGUCUUGUAAUGUGUCAGCUUGGCUAGGGUGAACUACAUUUCUCAGAAUUCCCAUUUUUGUGCAUUUCUGGAGAAAAUCAGCCAUAGGAGAGAUUCCAAAGAAGAUUUAGAGGGCGGAAAGGAAGCAGCCAUUUUGUAGUUUACGUAUGUCGUUGCUGACCUGCUGACUUAUCUCACUGGUGUGAAGCAGCAACUGGGCCUGCGGCUACUCUACCUCCUCCUGGCUCCUCCUUUAGCUUUUCUGACUUCUGGGCCAGGUGUGCGUGGUGAGCUUCGCCAGGAAGAGCCCCAGCUUCUGCAAAAUAACCGUACCCCCAAUUCCAGAGGCAACAAGACCUAACAUGGGUUUUAGUUUGCCUUUGUGGGGUUAUUACAGCUCAUGCUUGUGGGUUCCAGCCUGUCCUUGAUCUGACACAGUUUAUAACCAUUUUCCUUUCCUUACCACUUGUCCUAUGGACUUCAAGUUCCACUGUCAGACACAAAGGUGGAGAGCCUUAUAUAGACUGCUUAACCAGCUUUCACAAUUGUGUAAGACCAAAUUUCUGAACAACCCAUUAAGUGUAUAUGUAUAUACAUUUAUACUUACAAAAAUUAUACAUAUCUAUACUUACAAAAUAGUAUAUAUCUAAUAUAUAUAAAAUUUAGUGUAUAUAUAUUUCUUCCUUAAUGAGGAGAGACUCUUGUUUUGAAGUUUGGCACUUAAUAGAAUCUAGAUAUUCUGGAAUUUCACAGUGAUCGUGUUUGUGCAGAGAGAUUUGAAGUUUUUUUUUUUAAAGGUUAUUUCAAUAAUUAGAGCUGCUGAAGAAUCAGAAAUAGAAAAAUAUUCUCUUCACAAAUUCUGUGGUAGAUCAAAAGGUGCUUACUGUCAGGUGUGCCGAACCCCAGUAUUUCUGAUAUCACAUUUCAUCUCUUCUUCCUCCUUCCCCAGAGACUGAGAAUGGGGAGAUGUGGCAGAGGAAUCAGACCUCUCUGGCAGACUUCAUCCUUGAAGGCCUCUUUGACGACUCUCUCGUCCACCUUUUCCUUUUCUCCUUAACCAUAGGGGUCUUCCUUAUUGCAGUGAGUGGCAACACGCUCACUAUUCCCCUCAUCUGUGCUGAUGCCCGGCUUCAUACACCCAUGUACUUCCUGCUCAGCCAGCUCUCCCUCAUGGAUCUGAUGCAUGUCUCCACAACCAUCCCGAAAAUGGCUACCAACUACCUAUCUGGCAAGAAGACCAUCUCCUUUGUGGGCUGUGCUACCCAGCACUUCCUCUAUUUGUCUCUGGGUGGUGCUGAGUGUCUUCUCUUAGCUCUCAUGUCCUAUGACCGCUAUGUUGCCAUUUGUCAUCCACUUCGUUAUACUGUUCUCCUGAGCAGAAAGGUGGGACUGAUGAUGGCUGUCAUGUCCUGGUUGGGAGCAUCCAUAAACUCUCUAAUUCACACAACGAUCUUGAUGCACCUGCCUUUCUGUGCGUCUCGAAAAAUCCACCACUUCUACUGUGAGUUUCCAGCUGUUGUGAAGUUGGUGUGUGGAGACAUCACUGCUUAUGAGACCACAGUGUAUAUCAGCAGCAUCCUACUUCUCCUCCUCCCCAUUUUCCUGGUUUCUACAUCCUAUGCCUUUAUCCUCCAUGGUGUCCUUCAGAUGCGUUCAGCUGGCAGUAAGAGAAAUGCCUUUGCUACUUGUAGCUCUCACCUCAUAGUGGUUUCCUUCUGGUUUGGUGCCUGUAUCUUCUCAUACAUGAGGCCCAGGCCCCAGCACACUCCAUUGCAAAAUAAAGUUGGUUCUGUGUUCUAUAGCAUCAUGACUCCCACACUGAAUCCUUUGAUUUAUACUCUCCGGAAUAAGGAUGUAGCUAAGGCUCUGAGAAGAGUGCUGGGGAGAGAUAUCCUCACUCAGAGACAGCAAUUGCCAUUGCCCUGAAUAUAAGAAUGGAAUGGGAUAGGCUUCUUAAGUUGAUCUGCAUAAACCUCUAAGAAUUUUCAAGAGUUCAGAUCCCUGAUGACUACUACAAAGUGGUUAACACAUAAUUUCAGUAUUCUAACUUGCUCUCAGGCAUCUAAGUACCAUAGAACAUUGUCUUAGUCCAUUUGCGCUGCUCUAACAAAAAUACCAUAGACUAGGUGGCUUAAACAAUAAACAUUUUAUUUUCUCACAGUUCUGGAGGCUGAGAAGUCCAAGACCAUUCUUUAAAAUUGCUAGACACUCUCUCAUUUCCUUUUGAUUUCUUUUUUUUUUU